CGGUGAAGAACACUGUACAUGCGACAGUUCUGACGCUCAGAGACGUACUAAGUACUAAGCGCUGGCCCCGCAUCGGCCCCCCGCCACCCCAACUCGAGCUAAGAGCUGGGGCCCCUAGCGCCGAGGGCGUGUAGAGGGGCUGUAGCGUGUACAGCGCCUACUUGUUUGGGCAGUUCAAGGCGCUGACCCGUGUUAGCCCAAAGUAAACAAACUACUUUUUUUAGUGUUCACCAUCUAAUCCCUAGCAUCAGUCACUGCACCAACCUCACCUAUUGAGUUCGUUGCUGUAAGAGUAGAAUAGCUUACAUUACCAGCUUGAUGCAUGCCUCUAUCUACGCCAACUAGCUUAUACUUGGGGACCGUGACGCGCCCAUGCUCUUGCAAUGGCAGACGCCGACUACUUCCUUGACCUCUCGUCUCCAGACCCCUUGGCCGACGAGGUCCCCAGCUCAGUACGGCCCGCGUCACGUCGCAUCACCAAGUCGCAACACGACCUCUCUGCCUUCUCAAUACCGCAAAGCAGCCCGCGAAGAGGUUCACGUGCCCAGUCACCCCGGAAGCGGACCUUCCAGCUUGAUGUCGGCGACGAGCGAUCCCCUCAGCGAAUACGUGUGACUGUUGAGGCCGAGGACGGCUUGAAACAGAGCGCAGUUAAUCGCACACUGUUCCCGCCACCAGCAUCGCCCACGAGGAGUCCGCGUCGCCGUGAGACGAUAACAACAACGACUGUGCCACUAAAUGACGAACCGAAUCCAGUAGGCGGUGGUGUUGGCACUCCCCAGAAGCGCGGCAGGCCACGACGCAUUAGUAAUGGGACGCCAAUGCCGAGAGGGCGUAAGAGAGCGGGAACUCCAAUACAAAGAAGCUCGAAACAGGUCCGACAAGAAUAUGAACCAUCAUCAGAGACUGGCAUCUCCAACGACGCAUCGGCCGAUGUGAAUGGUGAUGGCGGUGAGGCAACACCAAAACCUAAGACUAGGACCCGGAAGACACCCAGGAAGCUGGCUGGAAAUACACCUGUCCCAUCUUCGCAAGCGUCUAGCAAGGCAACUGGAAGGAAACGUGGUCGACCUCGGAAGGUGCCUAUAUCUGAAGAACCAGGUGUCCUCACUGGAGCCAGCGCCCAGACUACCAAUGCAACAAUACUUGAUCUGCCGCCAUCAGAAGCGAAUAUAGAAGAUGGCACUGAUAAGUCGCGGAAUUUGGAGGAGGCAGAGGGGCCAAGGGGCCAUGUCAGCGAUAACAAUGUUCAUCCUACACCAAGCCUUCCCAAACAGAGGGCUGGCACAAUAUCUCCACCACAGAAUCCUUCUCAGGAUCACACAAGAAUAGAGAGAUCUUCAGUUUCACCUACCUCAUCACAUCAAUUAGCUGCCGAAAAUGAUGAUUUCAUGAUGAUGAGCGAGGACUAUCAAGGAGCGGAAGCACACAGUGACCUUCAAUCUACAGAUGAUGAAGAUGGUAUUACACAUCAUGGUCAAGAUACAAUAGCAGACGCUUCCGACUUUAGUAUGAUUGCGGUAGAGUCUCUACCCUCCUUUCAGGCCUCUUUUCGAGCUUCUUUGCAGGAAGAUACCACCAAACUCGCCUCGGAUCAUUAUGAAAUGGGUGAACAAACAAGCCAUAUAAUUAAUCAGACGCUAGAAUCGUUGCGGCACAGUUUACGCACUGGAACAGAAAUUGCCUCGCAUGCCUCGGAGGCCCAGGAUGACACUCAAAGAACAGAAGACCGUGGAGAAGUUGAAGAAGUGCAGGAAGAGACUUCCGCGACGGCCAAUCAGGAAGACAGGCGAGGUUUAUUAAGCAGCCCAAGAAGGCCAAAACAGUUACUACCAUUAAGUCGUCAGGUCUUUGUGGGAAGAGGAGGUGUCGAUGAUUCGUUCUCCACUAUUCCAGAUAGCAUUCUUCAUGCUGCUACGCCAAGACGUCUUCCUGCUAAGACGACAGAUAGCGAAUACGAAUCCCAAGCUAGGCAAGCGGACACUUACAACGAUUCAUUCUCGGAGAUACCAGAAGCUGUUCUAGAAGCUGCCACUCCGAGGCCGGCGAGACGUGUAGAAUCGUCACCUCACAUAUCUAUGGAAGGAAAUGAAGACCGCCACCAGAUUACUCGCCCACCAGCUCGCAGGGCUAGUCCGGACUAUGGGUCAAAUCGGCUUCCCACACCAGAAGAUACCUCAUCCUCGAAUGGUGGCUCUAGGAAAGCCCACGAAGAAGACGCAGGGGCAGCACUGGAACCUCAGGAUCAGUCCGGCUCAGUCCACCAUCCAGAUGUACCCUCGUCUCCACCUAUUAGAACUCGACCCCGUGCUUUAGAUUUUGGAUAUUCAAACCUUCAAAACGAGCUGAGUACUGUGCAAGAGAAACAGUCUUCAUCGCCUCAAAGGCAGCCAUACGGGAAAAUUGCACCAAGCCAGCUUCAUUCUUUGGAGGCCCCACAUCGAACCUCACGACCCUCUCUUUCGCCAAUCGUCAGAGUUGGCCGUACUCUUCAAAAUGUUAUGUCUGACAAUUCCUCUCCAGAUAAUCGAGAAGCAAACCUAGGGAGUCCAUUCAGAGGAUCUGCGAGCAGUGAUCACCUACACCAGUCACUUGUCCCGGGAUCAUCCUCUCCGUCUAUUCGGGCCCAAAAAGCUUCUAACAAUUCACAAUUCCUCACUGGUUCAUCCUCUCGACUAGGCAGAAGUUUUCGGUCUAAUCUAAAUCAAAACUCCGGGCAUGUGUCGCAGGUUUCUGAUAAAGUCGCGCAUUCCAUCAUGCCAGAAAAUGGUGCUAGUUCAAGGAUCGAACAACUAAAGGACUUGACGGAGCGUCAUUCACCCGAGGCUCUCGCAUUGUCCCAGACGUCUUUCAUGUCUCGUCCUGCAGAGAAAGUUGCGGCCGAUUUGGGCGAAGAGGCACACAGGGCCACACAGGGCCAUAGUGCCCCGCAAACGAGUCGACAGGAGCUAUCGUCUCGGGCGGCGAGUAGUGUUGAGGCGGACGUUGUCGAAACGCAUGGCACAGGCUUGAGCUAUGGUGCUACUGCUGAUCUAGGCACAUACAUGGAACGAGAUCAAAAUCUUUGCAACGAACUUGCACAACACACGGAUGAGGAUCUUAAUGAUCGAUUUGAUGAUCACGUUGGCGACGAUGAGUAUGACGGCGAUGAUAUUGAUGUUUGGGAUAUUGAAGCAUCCCGCGCAUCGCCCGGUAAACCAGAGUCAGCUCUAACUACUUCAGGACCAACAAGAAAACCAGACGUGCCGUCAUCUAGACGAAGUAAGGUCCCAAGUCCAUGGAGAAGGAACAAUAGACGACUGAUCUACAAAGAUGACAUUGCAAGCUCAUCUCAAAUAGAAAUUGAGACGAGCUCACAGAGUGACAUUGAGCAAAAUCUCACGAUUCCGCCUACUCAAGGCCCGUCGGUUUCACAGUCCCAACAGGAUACUCAGACUAGGGUGGCUGAUCUAGAACCUGUGCAUCCAGAUUCUAUGCCCGAAGAUAUACAAAUGUUAGAUAGCAAUACUUCUCCGAGUCCCAGUCAUGGUGGCUUUGAAGAUUACGCGGGACUUGCCGACUCGGAUGAACCUGACGACAUAGAUGAAAUUGAGGCACCAGUUAUCUCGGGACAAACCCAGAGGUCACCGAAUCCAAUGCAUGAAGAGCUCCAGGAGUGGGGAAACCACGAGGAGCCCCAGGAACUCGAGCGUUCACAAGCUCUCGACAUGCCGCCAACUUUCGAGACAUCUAUGAAUGCUUCUGAGUAUUCAAUGGUAGCCCAACAGGCAAAACAGACACCCCAAGAACAGAAGAAACCUGCUCCAACUAAAUCCGGAUUUUUCGGUGGAUUUGACAUUCUGUCAUUCUUCUCAUCGCCUGCAGUAUUGCCCACGAAUAAGUCCGGAUCCAAGCCUCCCGAGUCUAUUAAUAAAGCUGUAGUUCCCCAACCAAGUCUGGGUACCAAGCAACAAAAAGAACCUCCAAAAGCAUUUUGGUCAACAGGCCUAUUCCCGACGAUGCCUCGAAAAGAGGCCGGCCCAAUUGCUAGGCGAAGAAUGGAUCAAUCUUCCCCAGGUCCAGCUUUACGCUCAACUGAUACUGUAGCUGACACGUAUGAACCUUCGACCUCAGCCUCACCUUCGCCUUCCCGAUCUCGUACGACAUCAGCUGCUCCAUCAACGCCUGAACGUCAAAUGUUUCCACCAAUAGAACAAAAGCGAAAUUUCACACCACGGCCUGGGCAGAUGAAAGGUUCGCUGUUCACGUCGAGGCAAUCAAACCACUCAGCUGUUCAACGCGAAGCCAGUAGUGACUUUGAAGAAUCUAGUGAAGAGCAAGAAUCUUCUGCGCUUACAGAAAGCUCUGAGUAUGAACGUGUACCUCCCAGUGAGAAGCCCUCUCAAUGGGACCGAAACCUCUCGCCUACCAAAUCAUGCUUCCGCUCACCACUCAAGCCAACAACGCCAGGCCGGAUCGUAGCUUUCUCAAACAGUGCCUUAGGUCCUCUAGCCCAGGUUCAACCAGGAAAUAUAAUGCAUAAUAGCACGAACGCACAUAAUACUAUUUCGCAGGGCCCCCCUCUUCGGCCCGCUUUCGAGGGUAAGGAGAAUCAACAAUAUCCACACACUCAACAGAUCAAAAGCGCCAACAAUAAUUCUGUAGAUAAAACCAAUUCCGAUCGCUCUACCGUCUCGCGAGACUAUCAACAACCCCUUCGCCCCAAAGUGUUGACAAAGACAAUGAGCUUUGCGUUGUCCCAGAUGGAGUGGACAAAACAGCAUUGGUGCCGUCUCGACGAGAUGCUUCAGCUCCGCCGCCGUGACCCCUUACGCUUCCAGCAGGCGUGCCCACUCCCACCCCGCGACAGGCGCCGCUCGACGGCGUUGGUAGGGAAGGAAGUUUCGGCGCAAGAUGCCCGCUUGAUCCUGGAACCAUGGCAUCUCGAGAUCGUCGAGGCCUUCAAGCUCGAGGUCGGCGGCUGGGACGAGCGUGUCCUCGCCAAGAGACUGUUCGCUCUCAUCAUCGGCGAAGAAAAGAGGCGGGCCGGCGCCGUUCGGUAAAGUUAGUUUAUACUCAAGUUUUCUUGUCUGCACCCCUUUCUGUUUUAUAUACCAUUGGCGUGUUUUGCAACUUCGGAGGUUGGCUGGGCGUUGUUAUUCUGAGAAAGAAAAUUCAAGGGAGACGAAAUCGAAGUCUUUUUUUUUUUGGAUUGGAAAUUGCAUGUUGGGGAACAAAAGAGGCGUUAUUCCAAUGUUGGCUUGCUGUUUGAUCCUCGAGGAUGUUAUAAAAAAAAAACGGUUGGCCUGAGAUACCCCCCUUUCGCACACACAGGAUACAAGGUAUGAAUUGCUGAAAUCUUGCUUUUUGUCACGGGUUGUGUGGAAAUGAAUGGGUGUGGGCAAACACUUACUUACUUGUAUAUGUACGUGGAGUUGAAUGGAAGCAUGGGCGGCAUUGUUCUAGAUAGUAACAUGACCGGCACAGCCGUGAUGAGAUGUAGGGGUGAAGGAUGGCGCGUACAUUGCAUGGAACAUAAGCAUGUCACAAUCAUGAAGGACUAGAAUAUAGUGCACAUUAUAUG